UCCAAUUGUCAACCAAAAUGGAAUUCAAAUCUUUCUCUGCCGUCCACUUGAACUUUCUUUGUUGGUUCACUUAGAGUUUUCAAAAGGAUACAGCCUGAUUCUUUAGAUGCUCAUUUACUUCAAAGAUAAAGCCUUCACUUGUAGAAUGGGCUUUUAAAUUCAGACCAAGCGUGUGUUGUGCUUAGACCAAAAUGAUGUACAAUGAUCUACUUGCUAGAAGCUUUAGUAAGCAUGAGAAGAAAAAAUUGGGAUAUGGAGCAUUUUUUGGUUGCUUGCUUAUUGCAUUGAGCUUUUGCACUGUGUUUAAGCCUUAUUUGGGUCCUCUACCAGCUUUGAACUUGAAGCAGUCUAUGGCUGCUGGUUUCAAAAUGCUGAUGGUCAGAGAUACAAGCGGCAGCUACUCGAAACCGUUGGCGCCACUGACUCACUUAUCAGAAACAAAUACAAGCAGCUCUCAGGAAACAGUUAAAGCUGCCAAAAUCGUGACAGACAAGAUGGAGCCUGUGACAAACAAAACGGAGCCUGUUAUAAAGAAAAUGGAGCCUUUGUGCAAUGUUACCGAACGAAGAGGUGAUAUUUGCAAUAUCAACGGGGAUGUUAGGAUUCAAGGGAAUUCCUCAUCAGUUUUCCUUGUUUCAUCGGAAAUGAGCAUCUUGGCAGGGAACAAUAACUCAUGGAGUAUAAGACCUUAUGCUAGAAAAGGUGACCGAGCAGCAAUGAGUCUAACUAAGGAAUGGUCGGUAAAAUUAUCUGGUCGCAAUGAAAUCCCAACAUGCAACAAAAAUCACAGUGUUCCAGCCAUCCUUUUUUCUCAAGGGGGAUAUACAGGAAAUCAUUUCCACGAUUUUACGGACGUGGUUAUUCCAUUAUAUUUAACUUCUCGACAAUAUAAUGGAGAAGUACAAUUUCUCAUUACAGACAAACGACCAUGGUGGAUUGCAAAGUUCGAAGCAAUCCUAAAGAACUUGUCCAGAUAUGAGUUGAUAGACAUUGACAAAGAAGAAGAGGUCCAUUGCUUCCCAAGUGUGGUUGUUGGUCUAAAGCGAGAUGUCAAAGAGCUGAGUAUUGAUCCUUCAAAAAACUCAUACUCUAUGAGUGACUUCAAAGAGUUCUUAAGAAGUUGCUAUUCUCUAAAGAAUGCCAAUGCAAUCAAACUCAGAGAUGGUCAACGUAAAAAGCCACAGCUUCUGAUCAUUUCAAGAAAGAGAACACGGUCUUUUACAAACAUAGGGGAAAUAACUAAAAUGGCAAGUAGGUUGGGCUACAAGGUAACUGCUGCAGAGCCUACUAUGAACGUUGCAAAAUUUGCAGAACUUGUGAAUUCUUGUGAUGUGUUAAUGGGGGUUCAUGGAGCUGGUUUGGCCAACGUUGUUUUCCUUCCCAAGAAUGCAAUAUUAAUCCAAGUUGUGCCCUUUGGGGGCUUUGAAUGGCUGGCAAGAACUUACUAUGGAGAGCCCACAAAGGAUAUGAAUGUAAAGUACUUGGAAUACAAGAUAAGCACAAAAGAGAGCACUCUGGUACAACAAUACCCUCCUGACCAUGUGGUUUUUAAGGACCCUUAUUCAAUCCAGAAACAAGGAUGGAUAGCAUUUAAGUCAGUGUACUUGGACAAACAAAAUGUAAAGCUUGAUGUGAAUAGGUUUAGGACCACUUUGGUAAAAGCCCUUGAGCUUUUGCAUCGGUAGGUAUAUAUAUAUAGGAGGCCAAGCCUUCCUACCUACCUUUUGUUAUUCCCUUAUUUAUUUUUCAUUUCCCUUUUGGUUUUUAUAGCAAACAGUCAUAUGCCAUUGAUUCAAAACCUUCUUCUCUUGUAUAAAAUUGUAGAAGAAGCAUUGAUGUAUCUGGGACAUGAUUCUAAUUUUUUGGAAAGUAAAUAUG